CCCUGCGGCCGCCGGGCCCUGCGGUCGGCGGGACUUCCGUGUUGGCGGGAUUCUGAACGCUGCCAUGGCUCAGACCGUGCAGAACGUUACACUGUCCCUCACUCUGCCCAUCACGUGCCACAUUUGCCUGGGGAAGGUACGCCAGCCUGUCAUAUGCAUCAACAACCAUGUAUUUUGUUCAAUUUGUAUCGAUUUGUGGUUGAAGAAUAAUAGCCAGUGUCCAGCUUGCAGAGUCCCCAUCACUCCUGAAAAUCCUUGCAAAGAGAUUAUCGGAGGGACAAGUGAAAGUGAACCUAUGCUAAGCCAUACAGUCCGGAAGCACCUUCGGAAAACUAGACUUGAAUUACUCCACAAAGAAUAUGAGGAUGAAAUAGAUUGUCUGCAGAAAGAGGUAGAAGAGCUUAAGAACAAAAAUCUCAGCUUGGAGUCACAGAUCAAGACUAUUCUAGAUCCUUUAACCUUGAUGCAGGGCAAUCAAAAUGAAGACAAACAUCCAGUUGCAGAUAAUUCAAGUAAAAUUGACCCAGAAACUGUAGCAGAGUGGAAGAAAAAACUUAGAACAGCUAAUGAAAUCUAUGAAAAAGUGAAAGACGAUGUGGAUAAGUUAAAGGAGGCAAAUAAAAAACUAAAAUUGGAAAAUGGUGGCCUAGUGAGGGAGAAUUUACGACUGAAGGCUGAAGUUGAUAACAGAUCACCACAGAAGUUUGGAAGGUUUACAGUAGCUGCUCUUCAGUCCAAAGUAGAACAGUAUGAACGUGAAACCAAUCGCCUCAAGAAAGCCCUGGAACGAAGUGAUAAGUAUAUAGAGGAACUAGAAUCUCAAAUUGCACAGCUAAAAAAUUCAAGUGAAGAGAAGGAAGCUAUGAAUUCCAUUUGCCAGAGAGCACUUUCUACAGAUGGCAAGGGGUGCAAAGGCAGCGAGGAGGAUAUGGCAUCAACAAAUCAAGGUGAUGGUGCCAGAAAGCAGCUUAGCUCUUCGACCCCAAGUUCCCACCUGACACAGCCUUCUAACAGUUCUGCCCGGCAGGAAAGCACCAGCAAAACAGAACUAAAUUGUUCUAAGAACAAAGACCUAUAUCAAAAACAGGUGGAAAUAAUGUUAGGUGUAACUGAUGCCAGUAUGGAUACUUAUUUGGAGGGAGAAUGGGGUAAUAAGCCAUCUGAUAGUACACCCUACAAAGAUGAACUUUAUGAUCUUCCAGCUCCUUGCACUCCUUUGUCCCUUAGUUGCCUUCAGCUCAGUACUCCAGAAAAUAGAGAGAGCUCUAUGGCCAAAGCAGGAAGUUCCAAAAAGCACUCAAACCAUCUCAGAAAAUUGGUGUUUGAUGAUUUUUGUGAUUCUACAAAUGUUUGUAAUAAAGAUUCUUCAGAAGAUGAUAAAAGUGAAAAUGAAAAGAAAUCAGAACGUUUUACUUCCCCAAAGACUGGGUUUUGGGAUUGUUGUUCCACAAGCUAUGCCCAAAGCUUGGAUUUUGAAAACGCAGAGGGGAACACGAUAGCAAAUUCUGUUGGAGAGAUUUCUUCAAAACUGAGUGAGAAAUCGGGCUCAUGUUUAUCUAAGAGGUUGAAUUCUAUUCGCUCUUUUGAAAUGAAUCGGACAAGAACAUCCAGCGAAGCCUCAAUGGACGCAGCUUACCUUGACAAAAUCUCUGAGCUGGAUUCAAUGAUGUCUGAGUCAGACAACAGUAAGAGCCCUUGUAAUAACGGUUUUAAGUCAGUGGAUUUGGAUGGGUUAUCAAAGUCAUCUCAAGGCAGUGAAUUUCUUGAGGAACCAGAUAAAUUGGAAGAAAGAACUAAGCCAAACCUUUCCAAAGGUUCUCUAACUUCUGAUCAGUUAGAAAAUGGAAAUGAAUGGAAAUCGUCUUCUUUUUUCCUCCUCUCUCCAUCUGACCAAGAAAUGAGUGAAGAAUUUUCGGUCCAUCCCAGUUCUAACUCAGGAACUAAUGAACUCAAACCCCCAAGCUGUUUAUUUCAAACCGAGUUUUCCCAGGGUGUUUUGUUAAGCAGUUCACAUAGGCUGUUUGAAGAUCAAAGGUUUGGGUCAUCUUUGUUUAAGAUGUCCUCAGAGAUGCAUGGUCUUCCUAACCACCUUCAGUCUCCUUGGUCUACUUCUUUUGUGCCUGAAAAGAAGAAUAAAAAUGCGAAUCAAUCAACAAAAAGAAAAAUCCAGAGCAGCCUUUCUAAUGCUAGCCCAUCAAAAGCAACUAAAAGUUGACUCAUUAGGAAGGGGCCAUUUAUGUUUUUGUCCAGAGAGGAAUACAAGUUUUUAAAGUUACCUUUUUCCCUCUCAUAAAAGUUCUGUACAAUUUUGAAUUGGUAAUCUUUAGUCAACUGUCAAGUCAGAAUGGUAGAUUAGCUUAUACCCAGAAUACUUUUGUUCAUUUUAAAGAAUUUCUUCAUUUUCAAAUGGGAAUAUUUUUUACCAGAAGGUAGGCAGAAGGUUUCUUUUAAAUGAAUAUUAUAUGUAUCUGGUUUGGGUAUAUUUUGUUUUGAAUCUUGAUUUAACUAUU